UUCAUUAUACUCGGUUUUAUUUUAGGUUUUUGCCUAAUUUAUAAAUCGUUGUUUUGAGUCCAAAGUUCACAAGUUAAAUUGUAUUGUUCAAAGUUUCCAAAGUUUGUACCAAAAUGUUCCGGGUUUUGUGCCGAAAAGUUGCUGGAAACCAAGUUUUGCAAGCCAACAAGAUACACCAGAAUGUUUCAAUUAUCCCAACGUCAAGUUUUAUGGCCAGUGCUGCACAACGUAAUAUCAACAAUGCGAUGCCACCAAGCCAACUCAGGUCGUCAUGGAAGAGCGAUGACGGGUUCGAUAUAAACGAACUGGCAACACUGCUGGACCACGACAAUCAUGAAAUGCGCGACGAGUUCCGCAAGUUUGUCAGUGACCCCAUCAUGACCCCUAAAUACAACAUUCCAUUGGCCGAGGAAAGAGAUGUAGCGUUGAAGAGAUUGAAAAGGAUUUGUGAUGGUGGGUUCAUCUCCGUCCUCGACUUUCAACACAACCCCCUACGCAUAUUCGCUGCCCACGAACUCGCGGCGAUCAUCGACCCUGCCAUGUCAACCAAGAUGACGGUUCAGUUCAAUUUAUUCGGAGGCACCGUACUUAAGCUUGGGACGGAACGACAUCAUGAGAAACUACUCAAAGGCAUUGACACUUUGGACGACGUCGGUUGUUUUGGUUUAACGGAGCUUGGGUACGGGAACAACGCUGUGGAGAUGGAAACCACUGCUGUCUAUGAUAAGGAAAGCAAAGAAUUUAUCAUUAACACUCCAACGACGCUCGCUCAAAAAUAUUGGAUCACCAACGGAGCCGUUCAUGCAAAACAUAUCAUCGUGUUCGCUCAGUUAAAAGUUGGGGACGAGGAACACGGUAUCCAUGGUUUCAUGGUUCGUAUCCGUGACGAUAAUAUGCAAAUUAUGCCCCGAGUGAGGGUGGAGGACAUGGGGCACAAGAUGGGGCUAAACGGGGUCGAUAACGCAAAGUUGUUCUUCGAUAAUGUGAGGGUGCCGAGGGAGAAUUUGCUCAACAGGUAUUCCGACGUAGACGAGAGCGGAAACUUCACUACCUCGAUCAAAUCUAAUCGCGCAAGGUUUCUCACGGUUGCCGACCAACUGUUAUCGGGUCGCAUAUGCAUCGCUUCCAUGUGUAUGGGGGGAACCAAGGCAAGCCUCACAACAGCUUUACGAUACGCUGCUACAAGACUAACAGUCGGACCGCGGGGAAAGUCGGACAUGGCCAUCUUGUCCUACCAGCUCCAGCAAAAAGCGUUGCUCCCCCUAGUGGCUCGUACAAUUGCCCUUAACCUUGGGUUGGAUUACGUUAAAGAUCGAUGGGCGUUUCAACCACAAGAUGGCAGUGAGCACGCAGAGGUCGUGACCUUGUGUUGUGUCAUCAAACCUCUCGUGUCGUGGAAUCUGGAGAAAGUGUCGUCCGUCACUAGGGAACGCUGUGGAGGCCAGGGGUAUUUAUCGUGUAAUAGAUUCGGGACAUUUAUUGGGUUGGCGCACGCUGCUAUGACGGCUGAGGGCGAUAAUAGUGUUUUAAUGCAGAAAGUAGCGAAAGAACGACUUGCAAAAUUUAAACCAAUCAAAAUUGCAGUUGAAAACGAAGAUUUAUCAUCUGUUGCGUUCCUCCAUUAUUUGAUGGUGAGUCGUGAGAAUUUAAAAUUCUUUGAACUCGGUAUGAAGCUGAGGGAUGCCGGGAAAGAUGGUUUGUUCGAUGAAUGGAUGUUGAGGGGGAGCGAUCUCGUGCAGAGCUCGGCUGUUGCGUUCGGAGAACGAGUUGUCAGCGAAAAAUUUGCCGAGGUCAUCGCUAAGACGGACGGGCCAGUGAAACGCUUACUCAGCAUGACUCAACACCUUUACUUGAUCGACGCCGUGCAGAGGGACUUGGGGUAUUUUGUGUCCGAAGAAAUAUUGACCAAAGAAGGGGCGCGUGAGAUAAACAACGUAUGUGCGUCCCUAUGUGAACAACUGUCCCCGUACUCACUACAGAUUUGCGAUGCCUUCAAAAUAACCGACGAAAUGUUGUCGGCUCCGAUAGGUAGAGAUUGGGUCGAAUACAACGUAACCGACAACCAGGGGGAGGUUUAAUUGAAAUAAUUUAUUUUCGGAAGUUUAACUUUUCGAUGAGUCGUUGUUGUUAUUUUUUCCCCGAGUCGACACCUGUGAUGUCAUUAAUUACAAGAGUUAUAUUUAUGAUGUCAUAAUAGAAUAUUGAUGACAUCGUAACGCUUACUUUGGUUCGUAUCUUUCGUUGUAGGGGUGAGGGGAAAUUCCCUUACCCCGCUUCAAAUAUUCCAUUCCCGUCCUGAGGAAAAGUUGAUGCGAGUAAUUUAACUGCGUUUUUCAAUUAAACUAUAUUUUAAGAAUGCAAAA